GUUUGGUCAAAUGUUUUAGUAUGGGGCUGCCCAGCGCUGGUCGUGAGCUUGCCAGCUCAUGAGAUCACGAAUUUUGAAAAGAUGGUGUAUUAAGGUCGUGCAUGGUCGCGUCGACAAAUGGAGGGCUGGAAAAGGCAGUAUCCACUCUUGACCUUCUUCUGAAAUACAACACUGCUCUUAUCUCCAGAAUAUAUUUCCUAUUCUCUUGCUUCGCGUGUAUGUCUGUGAUACGGGAUACAAACAUGAUAUUAACUGUUUGGCCGUUCUGCGAAUACCAGAUCUGGUCUGCCAGUGAUAGCGUUUUCUUCCAGGUCCUUACCGAACUUUUGAUGGUUGGAUUAAAAGGUAUGCAUGCAGUAUGGACGAAUAUUUGCUGAUCUCGUUCAUCGGUCUACUGCCUGUAUGCAACAUGCGCUCCUCCGCUCGAACCGACGUUCUCGUUCUCGGCGAGCUUGAGAACGUGGCGU